AUGGAGAGGCACCCGCAGAACAAGGUACAGGAUGGUAUUUACGACAAGAUAGUUGUUAAUCUGAAAGAACUUAACGGUAAUGUUGCCAAGAUGAAUGCACUGCUAGCCGACACAAACAAAAUCAACGAAACCGCCGUUCUUGUAGGUGGUCUCAACGCUGCGUAUUUGGAGAGUGUGUCCUUCCAGAUGGAUAUGCAACGUAAUGCUGGGAAAUGA